CCCAUACAGAUGAGCGCUGGAAGCCACGCACCUCUUGACGUAGCCACGGAGCGGCUGCGGUGCCACUCGGUCUUCGCCGCACGUAUUUGGCAACGUGACUGCUUUCCUCGUCGCUGCGGGGCGACCGCAUCCGGCUCCAGUUAAUUCCUGCCGUGGAAGCAUCUCCGGGAGCUGUGGAGAGAGUCGAGCCGCGUCUUGCGCACACUCGCCGCCGGGAGUGAUGCGCGCUGCCGUGGCUGCGGUCAGGGCGCGUGUGUGAGCGCGUCGGCGUGUCGUUUCUCUGGAUUAGACGCGUGGGUGAUGGCUAUCUCCAUCUUCAACGGAGCUACGCUUGACCACAGCCGAGGCUGACGAGGGAUGUCCGUGGCUGCCGAGCCUCCGUCUGCUGCCAGUCGACAACAUCUGCGUGCCUCCGUGGGUGUCUUUCCUCAAAUCCAGCGUAUUUGGAGCGCACCCACCUGGAGCUGCUGUGCGUGUGAUCAGGCCAGCCUCCCCGCAUCCAGCAUCUCUGCAUAAAUGGCAGUGGACACCAGCCUCACCGCCUCUUAAAUCUCCCAUUUUGCUCAUUAAAGCGAGUCUUACCUAUAGAUUAAGGAGCGUCUGCUGCAUCUAUGACUCGUCCGCCCGCCACCCUGAAAAGGACUUCUCAUUACUGAUAUCUGGAUAUGCAGAGCUUCACAGGAUGGAUGUAAUUGUCUGUGUUUUGGGGCUGCUGGCACUCAUCGUGGAGGGCACCCGCUGCCAAGGAGUGUAUGCUCCUCCAACUGUCCGCAUCAUACAUUCGGGUCACGCCUGUAACGUGGAAGAGGAGAGACACACAGAGCGAGUGUACACCAUCAGAGAGGGCGAGACCCUGGAACUCACCUGUUUAGUGACGGGUCAUCCUCGGCCGCAGAUCCGAUGGACCAAGACCGCUGGCAGCGUGUCGGACCGCUUCCAGGACUCCAGUGUCUUCAAUGAGACUUUGCAUAUUGCAAAGAUCCUGAGGACCCAGGGCGGGCGUUACUACUGCAAGGCGGAGAACGGCCUUGGUUCACCUGCCAUCAAGUCCAUCAGGGUGGACGUCUACUACCUCGAUGACCCGGUGGUGACGGUGCACCAGAGUAUAGGAGAAGCGAAGGAGCAGUUCUACUAUGAGAGGACGGUGUUCCUGAGGUGUGUGGCCAACUCCAACCCGCCCGUCCGUUACAGCUGGCAUCGUGGCCGGGAGGUUCUGACACAGGGUUCCGACAAGGGAGUGGAGAUCUACGAGCCCUUUUUCACACAGCUGCAGGGGGAAACAAAGAUUUUGAAGCUGAAGAACCUGCGCCCUCAGGACUACGCCAACUACAGCUGCAUUGCCUCCGUACGCAAUGUGUGUGGCAUCCCUGACCGGAGUGUGAUCUUCAGACUCACCAACAAGACGGCUUCUCCAUCCAUCAAGCUACUAGUGGAGGACCCUAUUGUGGUGAACCCAGGCCAGACGGUCUCCUUGGUGUGCAUCACGACAGGAGGAGAACCUGCUCCCUUGCUGACCUGGGUCAGCAGCAAUGACAGCCUUCCCCUGAGGAGCCAGGUGAAGGGGGGCACCCUCACUCUGCCGGCCAUCAGCUCAGAGGAGGCCGGGGUCUACAGCUGCGUCGCCAGCAACAACGUCGGCAACCCGGCCAAGAAGUCCACCACUAUUGUAGUGCGAGCUUUGAAGAAAGGAAGAUUCUGGAUCACUCCGGACCCCUACCACAACGACGACAACAUCCAGAUAGGACGGGAGGUGAAAAUAUCUUGCCAGGUGGAGGCGACGCCCCCGGAGGAGCUCACAUUCAGCUGGCUGAAGAACGGACGGGCACUGAGGAGCUCGGAGCGGAUGGUCAUCACCCAGACCGACCCCGACAUCUCCCCCGGGACCACCAACCUGGACAUUAUAGAUCUUAAAUUCACAGAUUUCGGCACGUACACCUGUGUGGCGGCGUUGAAAGGAGGUGGCAUUCCUGAGAUCAGCAUAGAUGUCAACAUUUCCUCCACUACUGUCCCUCCUCUGUUUUUCUCUUUCUUAGUUCCUCCCAACCUGACAGUCCCUCGGGGGAAGUCCCCCCUGGUGGCCCGUGAGGGUGACACAGUGGAGCUGGAGUGCCUUGUUUCAGGGAAACCCAAGCCUAUCAUCCUGUGGUCGAGAGCGGAUAAGGAGGCGGCAAUGCCGGACGGCAGCAUGCAGAUGGAGAGCUACGACGGCGUGCUGCGGAUAGUCAACGUGUCCAGAGAGAUGACCGGCUCGUACCGCUGCCAGACCAGCCAGUAUAAUGGCUUCAAUGUCAAACCCAGAGAGGCAGUUGUGGAGCUCAUCGUGCAAUAUCCGCCGACAGUGGAGCCGGUUUACAUGGAGAUGCGUCAAGGUCUGGGGCGGCCUGUGGUGAUGACCUGCCGGGUGCUGCGAGCCCACCCAUCACGUGUGCUGCGCUUUGAGUGGCUCCUGUCAAACCGGCUGCUCCACGCCGGAGCCUUUGACACUCAAAGAGACGAGACGGAGUACACCAUCCGAAGCCUGAACCGAGACGGCUGGGGCGAGUACACAUGUAAUGUCAUCAACGAGGCAGGAGCGGGGAAGUGCACCUUCCAGGUCACAGGCAAGGCUUACGCUCCAGAAUUCUACUACGACACAUACAGCCCUCUUUGGCAGAACCAACCUCAAGUCUUUGGUUUCAAGCUCCAAUGGACUCAGAUGAACCCCAAUGCGGUCGAUCGCAUUGUUGCUUACAGACUCGGCAUGCGACAGAUGGGUUUGCAGCGCUGGUGGGAGCAGGAGAUUCCUGUAGACGGAACCAUCAACAAGGGCGAGCUCAUGACCCACAACCUCACUGAGCUCAUAAAGCCCGAAUCCUAUGAGGUGCGCCUCACCCCCAUCACACGUUUCGGAGAGGGCGACUCCACAAUCCGCAUUGUCACUUACAGCGCUCCCAUCAACUCUCACCUGAGAGAGUUCCAGUGCACCUUUGAAGAGGAGCCUAUCUGCAAGUUCACACAGGACAAGAACGACGACUUCGAUUGGACGAGGCAAAGCGCCGCCACCCGGGACACAAGGUACACACCCAACACCGGACCCAGCCGUGACCGCAGAGGCUCCAAGCAAGGAUUCUUCAUGUACAUCGAGGCAUCAAGACCACGGCUGGAAGGGGACCAGGCUCGCCUUUUUAGUCCGAUCUUCGACAUUGCACCGAAGAACCCAUAUGGCAUCAACAAUCCGCCGGUGUACUGCCUCGGCUUCUUCUAUCACAUGCAUGGCAAACACAUAGGGACUCUAAAUGCCUUCCUCAAGCAGAAGAGCCAAAGCCCCACAGAGAGUCCCGUAUGGUCCCUAAGUGGUAACCAAGGUGAACGCUGGAAGCAGGCCAAAGUCACCAUCCAUCCAACGUCCUCUUUCCAGGUUGUUCUAGAAGGCAUCCGAGGUCCCGGUAUUGAAGGAGACAUUGCUAUAGAUGAUGUCACACUCGAGGAAGGGGAGUGUCGGAACCCUCCUCCCAAUCCUAGUGCGUCAGCUCCGUACUUUUCCUCCCAUAUAUGGCUGCCAUGUGUCGCCAUAGUGAUGACCCUACUGGAAGGUCAAAGGUGACCCCUCUCUCCGUCAUGUCUGAGGCCAAUUUCCAGCCCCCGCCGUCUGAGAGCUCUUCCCUCGGCAUCCAAUCACCAAAGAUUCAUGCAUCCCGAAAGGCAGCACGGAGCGUUCGACGGACAACCCGGGGACUGACUCAGAAAAAAAUAAAAAACUUCUGUUGAAAGAAAAAAAAGGGACAUCAAAAGUAAUAAGAAGUGUAUUCUUUUUUUUUCCUUUUUAUUAUGGAGACCUCCUCAUCGGGACAGUGCUCCUCUGUGCCAGACUAGCACAAAUGUCGGGGUCUUGAGGAAAUUUGCGACGAGGGAUAAACAGUUUGUAAAGCACAAGAACAAAUUUGUCAAAAAAAAAGAAGAAAAAAAAAGACAGCAGAGAUUGCUGACUUUUGAGGAGGGAUUCAUUUGCCCGCUUACAUGACCUUCCUCUGCGUAUCUAUCUUCAUUUUCUUGCACCAGAUGCCAACAUGACUUGUUUUCCACUCAAGCUUGGCCUCAUUUCUUUAUCGCUUGGUGCUAAUACUGAAGAAGAACAAGGACUUUUUUUUUUUUUUUUUUUUGGUUCCCUUAGCUGUAGCUGUCUGUUUCUUUUAACACUGUGCUCACGAGAAGACAAGCAACGGUGUGGUGGCAGAAGAUAAGAAGAAUCCGCAAGGAGCUGUACAGAAGAACGAGAUGUAAAUACGGGGAGGAAGAGAGAACGGAGGUGAGAGGUCUAGUCAUGGUGACCCGACAUCAGUUGGCGCUCUGCCUGCGAAACAGAAGCCACUUUACUUUCUGCCAUGAAACAAAGUGCCUUCAGAUUACAAACUGAAUCGUGAGCCUGAGUGUGUACCAACAUCGACCUGAUCAUCUUUCCUCUGAUGGGCUAUUUUCUACAUGUUUCUUUUGCCUCACAAGUGCUGAUGGGAUGUCUGUUCAAAAGUGCUCAAAGCUCCAGGCGGGACAUUUGUCGGGCAUGUGCAUGUGCCUACUUGAAAAGAUGAGGGCAGCCAGCCAUGCUGGCAGACCACGAGCACAGGUUUGGUGGGAAAUACGGCAAACAACAAACCAGAGGAUUUUUUUUUCUCUUUUUUUUUUUUUUUUAUAAAGACCACUAUAAAACAUACAGGCAAAUAAAGACACAACGUGGAAUGAUAACUCCGCUCUCUCUUCCUGUAUUCCUCCUACCCUGCAGACAUUUUUACCGGGAGAAAACUGCUGAAUAAAACAUUGUACAUGGAGGAGGAUCCAAAACUCUGCAGGUGGUGAACUGCCUGACCCCUCAACCAUUUAUAUGGAACAAUGUGAGAACAAAAAAAAAAAUUAAAUAAUAAUAGUCAUGAUAUUUUAAUACUCUAGCGAGAAUGUUUCUCCGCUUUUACACAAACUGUGAAGAUGGACUGUGGACGAUCUACCUGAGACCAUAACCUUAACCAGCGGGGUUUUUCAAACUACAUUGUAUUGUUACAAAAAAAAAAAAAAAAAAGAGCAAGAGAGAGAAGCUUUGUUGGUUAUGACAAAUGUUAUCAGGACUUGUCUUGUUUUUUCCCGUCUUUGUUUUUAAAAAUUCAGUUUAAAAUAACUUCCUUUCUCCUUUCACCCCCUUGCAUCGGCCAUGAGUUGAUGGAAACCAAUUUGGUAACUUGUAUAACUUGUAAAUGUGAAAGAAGUUCUAUUCAAAAAGUUUAUGAGAAAUGUUUUAUGUUGGAGUACAGGAAGCACAACAAACAAAAAUCGUUUUUUAUAUUCCUCGACAUGCGCUCGACCCACUCCCUCGCAUUCACUCUGUCACUGAAAAAGUGGUGGAGUUCAGAGUAGCGAAUCGUCGUCAUGUAGCCUCCAGAGUGGGCGUGACCGAGUGGGCAUAAUGCAGUGUAGAAUAGGUGUCAUGAGAUACUUGUAAAGAAAAAAAAAAUCUCCUGCCAUCAAAUCAGAAACCGUUUUAAUGUGCUCUCCUUUUGUUGAAAGAUGCUUUUAUUUCCAUAUGAAACCCAGUUUAUAAUGAAUGUAUGCUGUUCUGGGAAGUUGUUUUCAUGAACUGAAAAAUAUCUAUGUUUUUUGUUUUUUUUUAUUAUUAUAAGUUAUUAUAAACACAUGGGUUUUCCAGGAUGAAAAAUAGCCCUCAAACAACACUAAAUAUCUACAAAUGUCACCUCCACUGUUUGUGUUUCAGUCAUUCAUUAUUAUUAUGGGCGUAGAAAAGUGGAGAAUUGAAAGUAUGUAUUUAAAAUAAAGGUGCAAUAAACAAACAAAAUUUGCUCAAAUGUUAUGCUGACAUUGAAAAAACAGAAGCGGAGAUCAAAGGAACAGUUUGGUAAACCCAGAUUUUUCGGUUUACAAAACCAUAUUUAUCACACGUCAAUAAUGGUUUAGUAUUAUUGUUGUAAAAUGAUGGAGUUCCAGCUCUGCCCUGCUUAUUCUUCUCUGUUGGCUUCCAUCUUUUUCUCACAGCCAUUUGGCUGUUUCCCUUUUUACUAGUGAUGGAUGGAUGAGGUAUCAUGAAACAGUAUUGCGGGGUUGAUGAAACAAGGUCCUAAUUUUCAGAGGCCAUUAGGUGGCGCUCAUGUUUUAGAAAAUGUUUCACUGAACUGGUUGUUCAAGUCCAAACAUCAUACAGCAGGCAGCGCCAUCUGGUGGCCUCUGAAACUCAGGACACUGUUUCAUGAAACCUCAUCUACCCAUCACUGCUUUUAACAUUGUGUCCUGAUGCAGAAUCAAAUUGAUAUUAAACUGCAAUUUUCAUAACCUGUGUGUAUAACUUUGAAUUUAAAAAAUAUAUACUCCAUAAAAGCGACAGUUCUCUGCUUCAAAGGUAAGCGCACGCCAUCGUCUCAUGACACAAUGGCUGACAGCUGGAUCCAAAACAUCCAUGUGACACUAGUUCACAGCUCAUUCCAUGAGCCACAGUCUUUUUUUGUUGAACAAAAUAAAAAUACAAAAAUUCGUGUGGAUGAAGAAGAUCAUUAUUUUUGCUUUUUUUCCAUAUAAGAUUUUAGACCGCAGUGAAAUUAGCAAUUAGCAUUGAAACAAAAUGUCUUCUGCCUCGGGUUAUGACAUCAACUUCAUCGGCCGUGAAAAUGUAUUUGUGUAUUGACACUUUAUUCCACUCCAUGACAAUAUAAACAUCCAAGAACAAUCACAGUACAAAUUAGACUUGUUCAAUAAAGAUUUUUGAAAACAGGGAUGACCUUUUUUUUUCUGCCACUGUGAAAGCAGCUUUCUAAAGUAGAGUAAGAUACAUACUUCAUGAUGAUGACUUGUGUUUAUAAAUAUCACCUCAUGUAUUUGAUAUUUUGUUUUCAUUUUCAGCCUGAUAAGUAUGAGAAGUACGAAGAUAAAUAUUUUGCUGCCAUUCUAAAUACUUGAUUUUUAAUGCUGUUUUCCAGUUUGUUUCAAGCCCUGAGUUUGGGCUGAGGGGUUCAAGGACAUCAGGUCAUUGUUCCUUUCAUUGGCAAGAUGAGGUCCUCAGUGUCAGGACUGGCAAAAAUCAGACCGCCACUCUGCUCCAGGUGAAAGGCUUGCCUCUCUUUUGUUUUGGUUUCAUUUUGAGUAGCCACAAAUCU